CCUGCCGCAUCCGGGGGCAGGAUCCGGCGGAGCGUGUGCCGUGCCCGGUGUGGCGCUUGCGGUGCGGCCAUGGCGGACUCCACGCAGAACGGGCCCAUGCCAGGCGGGGCCGGCGGCGGGGCCGUGCAAUUUCUGAUGGCUAACAAGUUGGAUACAGCAAUGUGGAUUUCCCGCUUGUUCACAGUUUACUGCUCAGCUUUAUUUGUCCUGCCUCUUCUAGGGUUGCAUGAAGCAGCAAGCUUUUAUCAGCGUGCCUUGCUGGCAAAUGCUCUUACUAGUGCCCUCCGACUGCAUCAAAGGCUACCGCACUUUCAGCUUAGCAGGGCAUUUCUGGCCCAGGCUUUGCUGGAGGACAGCUGCCACUACCUGUUGUACUCCCUUAUCUUUGUGAAUUCCUACCCUGUUACAAUGAGUAUUUUUCCAGUUCUGCUGUUCUCAUUGCUUCAUGCUGCCACAUACACAAAGAAGGUUCUUGAUGCACGAAGUUCAAAUAGUUUGCCUUUUCUGAGAAAUCUCUUAGAGAAACUGAAUGCUAAUCAACAGAAUAUUCUAAAAUUCAUUGCUUGCAAUGAAAUUUUCCUCAUGCCAGCUACAGUUUUUAUGCUCUUCAGUGGACAAGGGAGCCUGCUCCAGCCAUUCAUUUACUAUAGGUUUCUUACGUUACGCUACUCUUCUCGGCGAAAUCCGUACUGUCGGACUCUCUUCACUGAGCUCAGGAUUGUUGUUGAACACUUAAUAAUGAAGCCCUCGUGCCCUGUUUUUGUAAGAAGACUAUGCCUCAGCAGCAUUUCCUUUAUAAGCAGAUUGGCACCAACUGUUGCAUAGCCAAAUUUCAGGCACUCGUGUUUUGUGAACAUUAUGAGCAGCUGGCACUUCUGCUGAUGAUUAGAAAUUUCUGAUUUUACACUGAUCUCACUCCAGGCUGUAUAAAAAUAUAUAUAUGCUUUUCUUGGAGGUAAUAUGAAAUUUAGCAUAUCAAAACCAAAUAAUGUAAACUUAAAGUUACUGUACUGUAUUGUUAAUUGGUGAAAAAAAUUAGCUGCAUCCUUUCUAAAACAUACCCAAUCACACGGGGUUUUGUUUUGUUUAGUUUUUUUUUUUUUGGAAUCCAGGAUCGUUUGAGAUUGAUUAAAACUAUAAGAGGUCUAUGAUCCCUUGGUUUAUGUUAGUUGGAACUAUAGCUACUGUAGGAUGUCUCCAGUGGAUAGCAGUUGGUACACAUACCUAUGCAGUACAUUUUGGACAGUAUUCUUCUGCUUACUACAUGUAUCUGUAGAACUAUUUUGUCCAAUUUACUAUACUCAGUGUAGAGAUAUGGCCCACUUUGAAGUUAACACAAGGGAUUAAAAUCUAUCAAGCUGACACAGAUAACACCUUUUCUGAAGGAGAGGUUAUUUUUAUUAUAUUACUUAAAAAGAACUCUUCCAAGUUCCUACCUUGUGACGUAGUCUUACAUUACACAGUUGGAAGAAAUAUCAAGACUCUGAUCACAGAAAACUCUGCAGUUUUCCUGUCAUAACAAGAUGUUUUACCAAGCCAAACUGCUGACCUGUAGGCUUUUCAGCCAAAGAUGUAACUUUUAACCAUGUCUCAAAUGAACUAAUCAAUGUAAAUGAAGUAACUUUUGCAGACUCAUUGCAGAUUUGUUUAUAUGUCCACAAAAAUUUGAGACUGCAGUAAUUCAAGCAUAUUAGCUUUUUAGAAAAUUAAUCUGUAGCUAGAUCCCUAUAAAUUGUUAUUCCAGUUUCUGAGAGUCUCAUUGUGAUCGGAAAUUUGCAUAAAGGAUUGAACCUGUUUAGGCAGCUUCUGAAACAAAUGGGUGUAGGAUUUCUUGGCAUAAAUCCAUCUGAUGACUGACCUGAAGCCAUGUCAUGACUACAGAAGUGAAUAUUAAUUUGAGUGAAUAUUAAAUUGAGUGCUGAUUAUGUAUUCACCCAGCAGCUGAAAGGUAGGUCGUGGAAAAAUAAUGUUAUCUGUCUGAACAAAACUUCUUUCCAUAAAUUCAAGGCAAAAUAUUUGCCUAAUCUUCUGUAGUUAAUGUUAGUCUUCUAAUUGCAUAAAAUUAAAGGGCCUUUUGUAAACUUCUAUAGCACUGAACAUAACUAUUCUUCCAUGGUCAGAGAAAUCUUAUGUGAAACUUUUCCAAAACCAGUCUUGAAGUAUUUUCCUGUAACUAUUGAGUUAUCUUGUUUGUGAUGUGGAUAUCAUUCAGACUUUUCAGUUGUAUUAGUUUGUUAGAUCAGAGCCAUGUAUUUAUAAACUUAUUUCAUUUUUUUGCUCAACCUCUUGGUAUUGAUGAUCCAGUUGCUAAUUGAAUAUGAUAUUCUUUGACUACUUGUCUUGCUCUCUGAACAUGAUUAGCUGUUAUAGAACACUUGCACACUGCAGAAGCAACUGCAUGCAGUAAUGCUCUACAGCUGCUAAAGACUUGCAAUGAGUUUCAUUAUAUGUAUAUCCUGUAAUCCUGAGGAUUUUAUAAAAACUAAAUUUCUACUGCAAUAAAAUGAGUGUUAAAUGUAACUUGCUAGGCUCUUCAAGCUUAUUUUCUCUCUAACAGAACAUACUGAUGCUUGAACCUGGAAGUUGAGCAGAAUGCUUUCCUGUGUGUAUGUGUGCAUGCUCCUAUAUUCCCACUGCUGCUUUUGAAUUGGGACAUAAUGUCUUGUGCAUUUCUAAAUUAUCUUAUAGGGAAUUUUUGCCUUCUAAAAUGCAAAAAUGUACGACCCUUUCCUUCAAAAUCUAACCCUAAAAUAAGCACUGCAACAAUGGUAUCUAAUCAGAGCAAAAAAUCUAGUUCUACUUAUUACUGUUUCAGUUCCUCCGCACAGUCCUAGACCCUGUUUCAUGUUACAUGAUGUGUUUUUUGAGUAGAGACCUCAGACUCUCUUCAGCUCUUUGGACCAAUGUGAUUUAAAAAUUUUAAUUCGGUCAUCUAAGUUGGUCCCCCAUGCUGGGAGUGGAAGGCAAAUAAAUCUGUAGUUAAUGUAAGCAGAAUAACAUGUUACUUCUGAGCAAAUUUUUGUGGUCGGACUGCAGUUACAGGUGCAGUCUACUGUUCCUUAAUUAUAUGAUGUUAUUAAAUUAGAGAUGAGUCUAAACUGGAUCUGAUAUAUUGCAACUGUAACUGAAGGAUGCUAAGUCUUGAGAUCCAACUCUAGGAAUGGAUGAGAAAGAUUAAAAGGAGUAAGUGAAUGACAGUGAGCGAGUUGAGAAUUGGAAGACAGUGCCAUGAAGCAGAACUUAAACGUGGAUACUGAAUUUCUUGUUAACUCUUUCCAUUAACUCUUAAAAAUGGACUCCUUAAAGAGGAGGAUGUUUCAUAAAUGGGAUUUGAUUUGAUAUGAUUUGGCUAGUAUAUUUGUGGUUUUGCAAGGAUUUGCUUGACAAAUGAGCAACUUGUGGCCUGGGAAAACUUAUCUUCUCUGACGUGCCAGGAAAACAUGGAAUGAGGUUAUAAGAAUAAUGUUCAAACCAAAUAAAUAGGGCAACUGACCUGUACUCUGCAUCAGCUUUGAUUUUUACUGCAGCCUUUUGGCUGCCUCAGUGAUAACCCUGCAUUUCCUCAAUACUGGCAAAAACAUUCUGUCCUCGUGCCUGCUUACUUGCCAUGGUUUGUGAUUGCUUCUACACUAAUGAUUAAAUUAGAUAUGAAUUGCUGGUUGUAUCCUAGCUGUGAUACAGAGGCUGUGACAGAAGUCUAUGAUCGCAGAGAAAUUUUGCAACUGACCAUAAAAUGCCUGUCAACCCCAAAUGUGAAGCAGAAGAGUUUUUAUUUUACUGAAAGGUUACCUACUUAGUGUUAGGUAACUGUUUCCACUGGUAUAAAUCACACUGGUCAUUGCUUUUUGUCAUCUCAGCUUUCGUAACAUAAGUGCUGUUGCAUAGAUUCUGUGAGUAGACCCACCCCUUGCUCUGCACAAACAAGUAGAAGUGACGCUCCAGCAUAAGUUUCUGUUGUCACCUUUAGGUAAAUAAAGUAUCAAGAGCCAAUGGAGACUUUUGGAAUAGCUAAUGCCAGCUGGGAUUUCUUACACACCAAGUAACUCACCAAUACAUCCAUCCUUUCCUUUAUCGCCUUUUAUUUAAUUGUAUACUUUUAUUGUAAUUUCUGUGCUGUCAGUUUUAUAUUUUGCUCCCUUCUUUGAUGGAUGCUUAAGGUGAGCAAUAUCUGUUAAUAUUUUAAGUUGCAUGUUUUAGGGAUUUAAAAAAAACAUCCAUUAGAAUCGUGAGCCACUAUUUCUUCCAACAGUUUUUGAGCUGCUAACUAUAUAUGUUAUAGUACUGUCCAAACAAAUAACGUGUCUGGUUAUUUUGUACAGUCUGUGUUGGACUGUUUCUUUGUUAGGCACCCGUAGUGUAACAUUUGCUGUACAGAUCCCAUGUUUAUUAAGGAAGUAUAGUUCUUGUCCAUUUUACAGACAGGAAUGGAGACAUGGAAGAAAAGAGCACUUUCCUGAGGGGGUGCAAGAGCUCUGGCAGAGCAGGAAAUAGGAGAAAGAGAGUUGGACAAGUGCCCAGAGGAAACUGAUUUGUUUCUAUACCACACAUGACUUGUUGGUCCUGCUCCCAAAAUUAUACCAAUUAUGCUGGCUUAAAUACUUAAAAAAGUACUGUACCUUACAGUGCUCAGAUUAAGGGCAGAAAAGACAUUGAACUAGACAGCAUGCCCUGUUAAAGCAGUAUCAAAAACUGAUUUCCACAUGCAAGAGCUAGGUAUGGUCCCUUGCAUCAUCAUCUCUGCACUGAUGAAAAAUAAUACAACAGAACAAGAUGGCAAGCACUUAAUGUGCUAGAUGGUAGUAGGGUAUGCUAAUCUUAUAAUUGUCUAUAAUUUUUAAUUGCUGCAGUGCAUCUAUUAUGGAUAAACUAUAUAUACUGAAAUUGGCUAGUGUAUCAUUUUAUUGUGACUUCUAUUGUGCUGUAAUUUUCUUAAAGUCACAGGAGCAGUCAGGCUUCGCUGUUUUAAAUCGCCUUUUAAGGACAGAAUCUUAAGCAAUUCUUUAUUUCAAAGAUGCAUUAUCAGUAUGGAUAAUGUAAUAGAAUUUAAUCUUAAAUGUGGAUUCAAAAAUCUUUCUCAUAAAAUGUCAGCAUGACUUACUAACUUCUCUGCAGAAGCUAGCUCUGUGAUAAUAGCAGAUGUUGUGCAGGUAAGGGAGUUUCAUUGCUUAGUUCUGUGCCAUCCAGAUGGUAUAAACUUUUAAAAUUAAUUGAAAAAUUCAUCUUUUACUUGUAUUCAAGGACUGAGGCACAAAAUGCUAAUGUAAGGGCUCAGAGGGGAAAUAUAGUUCUCCUGCAUAUUUGAAAAAAUGUGAAGCCCUUUCAAGAAAAUCUAAUAAACAUAAUAAUCGCAGGCUGCUGACACUAAGGAAAAAGCACCUCAUUCGCUCUUUCUUUUAUGCAGUGAUUUACUGGUCCCUACUGAUUUUCAAAUUGGAUCACUGCAGUAAAUUAUCCAUACCAGUACCUGUGAAAGAAAGCACUGGGAUCCAUAUUUGUUCAGUGCUGUGCUUAAAUCAGCAAGAAUGAUAAAUUUGAUGAUAUGAAAUUGGAAAUAUCAAGGGCUUUUCUCAGUGAAUGAGCAAGUAUCUCCAUUUGUAAUUUAUUGUGACCCUUUUUCACUGUAUGUGCUUUGUAUGUCAAAUAUUUAUUUUGAAACAAAUUAAAUUGUUUUCUGUAUUGAUAUGGCUAUGGUUUUGUUCUUGAAAUCAGAUUGUAUAUUUUUUUCUGGAUUUUAAGUAUUAUCAGUGUUGUGUUGCAAAACAGCACUUGUUUAAGUUCAAAUCUGUGAGUGACUUUUUACUGACCAACAGCUUUUUCUAUUAAAUGUUGUAGGUGCAUGUUGGGUGUUGGGUUUGAUUUUUUGUGUGUGUGUGUGUAUGUUUAGAAUAGGGUAGGAUGCAGUGAGCUAUUGCAGCAUCUCAUUUGCUUUUUCUAGAGAAACAGGAAGAUUAAUGUGUAUGUCAAAACCAAAAAAAAGCUGAUCCCUGUCUUUAAGUCAUUGGAACUAUUCUGCUUUACACCUGGCAUAGUUAACCCCAAGUUCUGUGGGGAAAAAUCUACCUAUGUGCCCAGUUCAAUGCCAUAUUUUCAGUGCAGGUGUUAAUAGAGAAAGUUAUACACCUGUGUUUUGGCAGGAGUCCUGUCCUUUUAAUUUUAAAAUAGGUUAUUUUGUGUCUGAUUACAUCCAACUACCUAAGUAAGUGCCACUGUUGAACUGAAAAUUAGUUGUGGCUAGUGCUUUUUUACUUGGAAUUUAUAUCAGUAUAGUAAUAAUUUGUUUUGCAACUUGUAUGCAAAAUUGUGAUCCGGUGUGGUUAAUAAUGUUGACCCUAUGUUACCCUCUUCUUAUGGGCUAGGCUUAGCUCAUUUGUGAUGGCACAUUUAUUAGUGGACUUCUGUUCAACCCCGGUGCCAGCGAGCUGGGCUUUAUUCUACCACAGCUGGCUACCUCCAUAGAGCUGUGGUUUUGUAAAAACAGUAGUGUGAAUUGUAUUUUAAGGAGCCAUGAAAGACUUUGCUCUUCAUUUAAGAUAAUUUGAGUUCAUGUCUAUAACAGUUUCCAUGUGUCUGACCAUGAUAUCUUGCUUUGAGGUGAGUGAAGUUCUACAACAGUCCAGACUCCUGCCUUGGGUGAGGAAGCUGGUUUCCUUGAACAAGUGCUGAUCAUGGUAUUUUCAUUUGUUGUAUGUGUUCCUAUGAAUAUUCACUCAUGACCUUUGCUAAUGUGAAGAGGAAGAGUAUGUUAGAUGAAGACAGUGCAUCAGUUAGUUGAGAUAUUGCACAGGAAAAUUAAGCUGAAAAUCAGAAAUUAAAAAAGGUGCAGGGCUAGAUUAUCUGCAAUAGAUAUCUGCUAUAGUUUUCACACAGGUAGGAAUGCAAUAGAAAGAGAAGGAAGAAGAAUGGGGAUAAAAAUAAUGAGAAUACAGAAAAGUUCAUCUCUGUGAUAAAAAGAGGUCUGGAAAUCCUGCUGGGUAUUCUGUUGCUUGCACAAACCCCAGUUCACCAUUCAUGGUUUCAUGCAAUCAGAAUCCUCUGGAUUGUACUUAAGUUUUCAAGCUGUAAAUUAUUUUGAAUUUAUUCUCUCUGCUGGAAUAGCAUGUUCAGAUGCUGCUACACUGUACACAAACUGACAGGCUAAUCUUGGUUUCCUUAAAACAGAAAAUAGUGGAAUUAUGUGUUCUUCUCUAUUAUGUUUGAAGCUCCUAUAGUGGAAAAGUAAAGAAAUAAAUGCUCUGGUCUAUA